AUGGGAGGCGGCAUGCCGAGAGAAAACCUCUUAAUCAUCCUUCCUUUUCCAGAAGAUAAAGCCAUUACGGAGAACAUUAGAAAAAGAUUCCCUUAUGUCGAUGUCAAGUACCACCAAUUGACGCAAACCAACUGGUCCUUCGAAGCCGAACAAGGCUUACCCAAAGGUUGCUUCAAACCUCGGGAAGAAGCAGAGUCAUCGCUUACCCAACAGUCGUGGCCAGAUUUAUUCAAAGACACGACCAUCCUCGCUACAUUUGGAUCCUUUCCAUCAACCCCUGAGGAUGCCCCUAACCUCAAUCUGAUCCACCUACUCUCCGCCGGCAUCGACCAUUUUGUCAGCCACCCGCUAUUCACUCAAACCAAUAUUCCCAUCACCACUUCAUCCGGCAUCCACGGCCCCACAAUUUCAGAGUGGAUCCUGAUGAGCACCCUCGUCCUCUCCAAAAGCUACAAAAAGAUGUACGAAUUGCAAAAGCAGCACAAAUGGGGCACACCCCAUAAAGACUUCCCCCAGGCAUCUGACUUGGUUGGAAAGAAAGUAGGAAUUGCCGGAUAUGGAAGUAUAGGGAGACAAUUCGCGCGCGUCUUCACCUCCCUCGGCUGCCAAAUAUACGCCUACACCUCGUCUCCACGCCCGACCCCCUCCUCCCGAGCGGAUAAAGGUUACCACCUCCCGCACCUCGGCGACCCGGACGGCACCCUCCCCACGGCCUGGUAUUCCGGCACCACCAAGUCCGACCUCCACACAUUCCUAUCCCAAGACCUCGAUAUCCUGGCCAUUUCCCUCCCGCUCACCCCAUCUACGCGCGGCAUGUUCGGAAAAGAGGAAUGGGACCUCCUUUCCCACCGUCAAAGCCACCUGAUCCACGCGCUGAAAACCGCCCAGCUCUCCGGCGCCGCCCUCGACGUCACGGACCCGGAACCCCUGCCCCCGGCCUCGGAGCUGUGGGACAUGGAGAAUGUGGUCUUGACGCCGCAUAUGAGCGCGUUGACGGCGGAUUAUCUGGAGAGGGCGCUGGGUGGGGUGCUGGUGGAGAAUCUGCGCCGCAGGGAGAGCGGGGUCUGGUUGGUGAAUCUGGUGGAUAGGAAACACGGGUACUGA